GAAAUUGGUCGCUCGAUUUUCUCAUUCAUUCACGGCUUACGAAUUGUAAUAAGUUUCGAUUAAUUAAAUCAAUCACAUGCUGUAAAAAUCUCUUUGGGUUGCGUUCGGGUCGACACCUAGUAUUUCGGGAUAAGGGUGGUAGUUAGUGAAUUAGCUGACGCGUUUAUUGAGUAAGAGUCAUUUCAUAAAACCGAAUGCAAUAAACGCAAUCAUAUAUAAAAAUACGUUUGACCAACAUAAAAGUAUUCAUAAUAAAUAUAAGUAAUAUAAGUACUAAAUUCUCCGAAUUUGUAUCAAAUAGGUAAAUGUGCAGUAUUUUAAUUGUGAUACUUCAGGUCUAAAGCUAAAGUCGGCAGUCGCAGAGUUAACCCCCACAAAGGUUACACAAGGAGAAACACUUUAUGGCAACGAGGAACAAUUUGCAGCAACACAUGCAAUCGAUAAAGACCUCUCAACUAUGGCAGCUACAAAGGCUGAUAACGGAGCAGGCUGGAUAAAGUUAGAGUUUGAUGGAACCUACUUUAUCCACAAGGUCCUUAUCUACCACCAAUUUUAUACCAACUGGUACCAAAACCGUCCUGAAAGUCAAUGGUGUGCAGAGAAAGAAGCUCAGUUUAAGAUGUGUGUGGAUGGUCAUAACGAAGUAGAUGUGUCAGUGUACCAAGGAGAGGUAAAACAGAGCUCCUGCAGGACACUCCAACUAACAUACGGACUAGAGCAGGCAGACCAGAUCUACACACUGAUUUGUGACACUGACGGGGACACUGUAAAGCUCAGCAAGAGUAUAGGGAACAUAAAUGUAGCCGAAGUUGUUGUAACAGGUCUAAAGCUAAAGUCGGCAGUCGCAGAGUUAACCCCCACAAAGGUUACACAAGGAGAAACACUUUAUGGCAACGAGGAACAAUUUGCAGCAACACAUGCAAUCGAUAAAGACCUCUCAACUAUGGCAGCUACAAAGGCUGAUAACGGAGCAGGCUGGAUAAAGUUAGAGUUUGAUGGAACCUACUUUAUCCACAAGGUCCUUAUCUACCACCAAUUUUAUACCAACUGGUACCAAAACCGUCCUGAAAGUCAAUGGUGUGCAGAGAAAGAAGCUCAGUUUAAGAUGUGUGUGGAUGGUCAUAACGAAGUAGAUGUGUCAGUGUACCAAGGAGAGGUAAAACAGAGCUCCUGCAGGACACUCCAACUAACAUACGGACUAGAGCAGGCAGACCAGAUCUACACACUGAUUUGUGACACUGACGGGGACACUGUAAAGCUCAGCAAGAGUAUAGGGAACAUAAAUGUAGCCGAAGUUGUUGUAACAGGUCUAAAGCUAAAGUCGGCAGUCGCAGAGUUAACCCCCACAAAGGUUACACAAGGAGAAACACUUUAUGGCAACGAGGAACAAUUUGCAGCAACACAUGCAAUCGAUAAAGACCUCUCAACUAUGGCAGCUACAAAGGCUGAUAACGGAGCAGGCUGGAUAAAGUUAGAGUUUGAUGGAACCUACUUUAUCCACAAGGUCCUUAUCUACCACCAAUUUUAUACCAACUGGUACCAAAACCGUCCUGAAAGUCAAUGGUGUGCAGAGAAAGAAGCUCAGUCUAAGAUGUGUGUGGAUGGUCAUAACAAAGUAGAUGUGUCAGUGUACCAGGGAGAGGUAAAACAGAGCUCCUGCGGGACACUCCAACUAACAUACGGACUAGAGCAGGCAGACCAGAUCUACACACUGAUUUGUGACACUGACGGGGACACUGUAAAGCUCAGCAAGAGUAUAGGGAACAUAAAUGUAGCCGAAGUUGUUGUAACAGGUCUAAAGCUAAAGUCGGCAGUCGCAGAGUUAACCCCCACAAAGGUUACACAAGGAGAAACACUUUAUGGCAACGAGGAACAAUUUGCAGCAACACAUGCAAUCGAUAAAGACCUCUCAACUAUGGCAGCUACAAAGGCUGAUAACGGAGCAGGCUGGAUAAAGUUAGAGUUUGAUGGAACCUACUUUAUCCACAAGGUCCUUAUCUACCACCAAUUUUAUACCAACUGGUACCAAAACCGUCCUGAAAGUCAAUGGUGUGCAGAGAAAGAAGCUCAGUUUAAGAUGUGUGUGGAUGGUCAUAACGAAGUAGAUGUGUCAGUGUACCAAGGAGAGGUAAAACAGAGCUCCUGCAGGACACUCCAACUAACAUACGGACUAGAGCAGGCAGACCAGAUCUACACACUGAUUUGUGACACUGACGGGGACACUGUAAAGCUCAGCAAGAGUAUAGGGAACAUAAAUGUAGCCGAAGUUGUUGUAACAGGAGCGGAAUGUGAGAAAGGGAAGGCACGUUGUGCGGAUGGAGUGCAAUGUAUUGAGGACAAUUCUUUUUGUGAUGGUUCAGCAGAUUGUGAAGAUGGUUCAGAUGAAGAUAAUUGCCCAGUUGAUGGAGGAUUGAGUGCGUUUGGAGAAUGGUCAGAGUGCUCAACUUCUUGUGGAGGAGGACAACAGACCAGGGAAAGAAGCUGUAAUAACCCAGCCCCAGAUAAUGGUGGUGCUGAUUGUGAGGGAAGUUUGACAGAGGCGCAAAACUGCAACUCCGGUCCUUGUCCAGUUGAUGGAGGAUUGAGUGCGUUUGGAGAAUGGUCAGAGUGCUCAACUUCUUGUGGAGGAGGACAACAGACCAGGGAAAGAAGCUGUAAUGACCCAGCCCCAGAUAAUGGUGGUGCUGAUUGUGAGGGAAGUUUGACAGAGGCGCAAAACUGCAACUCCGGUCCUUGUCCAGAGGAAGAUGAAAGUGAAGAAGAAGAUAAAAGUGAUCAGGGAGACAACCAUAACCACUCUGAUGCAGCAGCCCUGAAAUUCAGCUCAAUUUUCCUCGUCGUUCUUCUGUUUGCUGUAAAUAUGAGCAUCUAA